CCGCUGGGCACCGGCUGCCCCCGGUACCGGGCUGCGGGCCGGGGGGCGCCGCUCGGGGGCUGCCGGGAUCCAAGGUGCUGGUGUCUCGCCCUGCCCGGAGCCUGAGGUCCCGCGCGCCCAUCCGCCUCCCGACGUCACCAAUGCGACCAUGGGAACUGGCAGUGAAUAGGCGGCCUCCCUCUGCCCCCUUUAACCAGCGCCGGUUCUCAGGGGGACCCUGCGGCAGCCCCGACCACCUCCGGCGAAGCCCCCCUGCCAGACGUCAGUGGGGACGACGCGACCGCCCUCUGGCAACCCUGCUGGGCCAGGAUGAGACCCAGCUGCACCCUGCCUUCCCCCAGCAGCCGCACAUCCCUGUAGAUGAGCCCCGCGCCUACGCUCUCCCCAGCACACCGCCACGAAUGCUGCACCCGGCCGCUCACCCGCCCCACCAGAACCCAUUCAUGGUGGAUCUGCACGACCAGGUGCACCAGGGACCCGUCCCUCUCUCCUACACGGUCACCACCGUCACGACGCAAGGCUUCCCCAUCCACGCCGGCCAGCACAUCCCUGGGUGCAGCACCCAGCAGCUCCCAGCAUGCUCAGUGAUGUUCAGCGGACAGCACUACCCGCUCUGCUGCCUCCCGCCCCCGCUGAUCCAGGCAUGCGCCAUGCAACAGCUCCCCGUCUCCUACCAGACGUUCCCCCCCCUCAUCUCCAGCGACCAUUACAUCCUGCACCCGCCCCCGCCGCCAGUGCCCCCCCACCAGCCGCCCCACAUGGCGCCCCUGGGGCAGUUUGUACCUCUCCAAGCCCAGCACCCGCGCAUGCCUCUGCAGAGGAUAGACAAUGACGUGGACCUGCGAGGGGAGCAGCACCCCAUCGCCGGCUUCACGUACCCCCCGUCCCACCACGCCCCCACGCUCUCCCCCUCCGUGCCGCUGCAUUACCUCCCCCACGACCCGCUGCACCAAGAGCUGCCCUUCGGCGUGCCAUAUCCCCACAUGAUGCCCCGGCGGCUGAACACCCAGCGGUACCGGCUGCAGCAGGCGCUGCCCCCCCCGCCGCCCCCUCCGCCGCCCCCCCCGUACUACCCGGGCUUCCUGCCCUAUUUCCUCUCCAUGCUUCCCGUGUCGCCGACGGCCGUGGGGCCCACGAUCAGCCUGGACCUGGACGUGGAUGACGUGGAGAUGGAGAACUACGAGGCGUUACUGAACCUGGCCGAGCGGCUGGGGGAGGCCAAGCCGCGGGGACUCACCAAAGCAGACAUCGAGCACCUCCCGUCCUACCGCUUCAACCCCGAGAGCCACCAGUCCGAGCAGACCCUGUGCGUCGUGUGCUUCAGCGACUUCGAGGCCCGGCAGCUUCUCCGCGUCCUGCCCUGCAACCACGAGUUCCACGCCAAGUGUGUCGACAAAUGGUUAAAGGCGAACCGCACGUGCCCCAUCUGCCGGGCGGACGCGUCGGAGGUGCAGCGGGAGGCGGACUGA